AUGUCCCGUAUUGUCAAUUCUACUGGCACUCGCGAGGUAACAAUAAGCAACGCUCCUCCCUAUGUGGCGUUGAAGAAGGGGGAACGUCUACCUACGGUGAUGACCGUGGCCACAUCUGAUCCUAGUGGUGGUGCUGGUAUCGAGGCGGACCUCAAGACCUUCACAGCCCACAGAUGCUACGGGUUGACAGGUAUGGCCGCGCUUACCGCGCAGACGCCCGAAGGCGUCUAUGCGAUCCAUGAAAUUCCCAAGGAACACUUCAAACUCACGCUUGACAGCUGUCUGCGUGACAUGCGCGUUGAUGCCAUCAAGACAGGUAUGCUCACAAAACCUGCUGUGGAGGUGCUGUACGAGACGUUCAGCGCCAUGCCCGCUGACGCGCGUCCACACUUAGUGGUGGACCCAGUCCUCGUAGCGACAUCAGGAUCUACCCUAGUUAGCGACCAAUCUGUGAUUGAUUUCAUAAAAACGCUAUCGCCUCUAGCUACGCUUCUGACUCCCAACGCGUACGAAGCUGGCCGCAUCCUAGGGCGCGAAUCCCUUGAAUUAAACUCGGUCGAAGACCUGAUUGACGUCGCAUGCGAGCUUCAGAAGACUACUUUGUGCCCCAACGUCCUUUUGAAGGGUGGCCACGCGCCCUGGGUUGACUCAAACGGUCAAAAGCGAGUCACAGAUGUGUUGCGCUUGGGGAACAAGACUGUUCUCUACCGGAGCGUGUUCUGCACCUCCGAAAACACCCAUGGAACUGGCUGCACCCUUGCGUCGGCCAUCGCAAGUAACCUAGCUCAUGGCGAGGCACUUCAGCACGCUGUCUUCGGUGGAAUUCAGUAUGUACACAAUGCAAUUGAGAUCGGGUGCACUGUGACCCAGCCCCAUGUCAAGAAAAACGGCCCCAUCAACCACGUCUACGCUAUCAAACAACCUCUCCAGGAAAUGGUCGAAGACCUUAGCUACUCAGCGCACGCCCUGCGGGUAGAUGAAAACCGUAGCAACAGCACCGCAAGCAGUAGCAAUAGUUUGGUGUCACAGAUACGCGACUCGGGUUCUUUCUUCGAGUACCUCAUCUCCGACCCACGCGUCAAGCCUCACUGGGAGACCUACACUCGUCAUGAAUUUGUUAGGUGUGUUGCUGACGGAACACUACCUCGCGAAAACUUUAGAUUCUUCCUGGAGCAAGACUACGCUUACCUCGACAACUAUGCGCAAAUCCAUUGCAUAGCAGCCAGCAAGGCACCCACAACAGAAGAUUUUGAUAAAUCCGUGCACAUUGUUUCGGAGAUCAAAACGGAAAUGGAGAAGCACCGUGAGAAGAUGAUGCGCCAGUUCGAUAUUUCAGACAUGAAGCAUUUUGACCAGAUCAAGAUGGGCUCUGCUCUGAGAAACUACGCGCGUUUCUUCGACGACGUUGCAAGGAACGGAUCAUGGGUACACUUGUGCGUGGCAUUGUCUCCAUGUUUAAUGGGCUACGGUAAUGCUCUGCGCAAUUUCAAAGACAAGAUCACAGUGCCAAAGGAUGACAUAUAUCACUCCUGGUGCGAGGACUAUUUAGCUCCAUGGUACGUGGAAGCUAUGGAUGCAGGUCUAAUAUUGCUGGACCGAGUCUGCCAAAUGAGCGAUGACUGGGACACCUUAUGCAAAAUCUACGCGUCUGUGUGCAAGCUCGAAACCGAGUUCUGGGAUGCGGCAUUGUACUACUCGCCAGAGAACUUGUGA